UCUCUCUCUCUCUCUCUCUCUCUCUUCCUUCUUGCAUUAACGAGGAAAAGGAAAAGAAAUGGGGGGAAUAUGUUCGUUGUUGAAAACUGAAAGGCAGCCUCCGGCGAAUGGAAAACUCAUCACAAUCCUCAGUAUUGACGGUGGAGGAGUCCGAGGAAUCAUUCCGGGGGUCAUUCUCGCUUACCUCGAAGCACAACUUCAGGAACGGGAUGGACCGGAUUCAAGAAUCGCAAAUUACUUUGACAUAAUUGCUGGGACAAGCACGGGUGGAUUGGUGACAGCCAUGAUUACAGCACCAAAGGACAAUCGUCCAAUCUAUGCAGCCUGUGACAUUAAGGAUUUUUACUAUGAGCAUUGUCCUGAAAUAUUUCCUUAUAAAAAUUGCGAUAACUUUAUAUUCAAACUUAGAAGCUCGGCAGAAGCAGUCAAGGGGCCAAAGUAUGACGGGACUGAGUUGCAUUCCACAGUCAAUAAGCUGCUCAAAGGAAUUACACUCAGUCAAACCUUGACCAACGUCGUCAUCCCGGCUUUCGAUAUCAAGCGUCUCCAACCAGUCAUCUUCUCUACCAUCGACGCGAAAAAGGAUCCUCUGAAGAAUGCGCGGUUGGCAGAUGUUUGCCUUGGCACCUCCGCAGCUCCUACAUUACUCCCGGCGCACUUCUUCCAGACUACAGACAAGAACGGAAACAUCCGUAGCUUCGAUCUCGUUGAUGGUGGGGUCGCUGCAAAUAAUCCAACCCUAGUUGCUCUGAACCUCGUUAGGAGAGAGAACCUAUCGCAAAACGAAUUGUUCAAGGGCAUAAAUCUAAGAGAUACCGAUCAAAUACUAGUGCUGUCACUUGGUACUGGUACGACCAAGAAUGAAGAGAAGUAUAGUGCGACCGAGGCCGCUAAAUGGGGACUCCUACCCUGGAUCAAUUACAAUGGUUCGACUCCAAUAAUCGAUAUCUUCAAUGAAGCAUGUUCCGAUAUGGUCGAUAUUCACUUGUCUACUCACUUCCAAUCCUUAAAAUGCCAAAAAAAUUACCUCCGAAUUCAGGAUGACACCUUGACUGGAAAAGAAUCAUCGCUUGAUAAUUCGACCCGCGAGAAUCUAGAGAGGCUCGUGGAAAUAGGGGAGAAGCUAUUGCAGAAACGAGUGUCAAGGGUAAACUUGGAGACCGGUAAGUUUGAAAAGAUUGAAGGAGAAGGCACCAAUGGAGAUGCGCUUAGGCGCUUUGCAAUUCGGCUCUCUGAAGAAAGGAAGAGGCGAAACAAAUAGAUAUUAUACAUCCGAAUAUGGUCUGUCGGGAUUCGUGAACAUGCUGCUUAGAUGAAUGUGAAAUAGUUUAUAGAAUAUUCCGUGCAAGAUAAUAGUCUCGGGUGUAAAGCUCUUCGCAAUGUUUGUAGAAUUUCUUCUGUCUACUUCAACUAUGAAAUUUUGUAAUUUCAACUAUGAUGUAAUUUAAUUGAG